AGGCUGAAGGAUACCUUCGCUGGUCUUCCUCCUCCUCCUGUCGAUAUCACAGCCCGGAGAGUUUUGAAUCUAGUCUGUGGCCCCGCAGCCGCCAUGCUGAGCUCGAGCCAUUAAACUAACUUUAUCAGGAACAUCUCUCUCCACAAACCGGGACAAAGAGGAAUACUUUCCGCACAAUUGGUGUUGAGACUGUCCUCGUUCUGCACACCUGACCUUUUCCAGCUGUGUGAAGAAAAGUGGACAAGUUUUAAUGAAUAACUAUUCGCUAGCUGACACCAUGGCAGAAAAAGGAAACUUAACAGUUCCAAAACUAUCAGAGUCAAACAUGGGAUUUGGUGUGCUGGGGGUGUUUCUGGGAUUACUCCUAGAGGUCUCCACCCAUGGACCACAUGCUGUGCCUCGCACAUCCUGGAAACACCAAGAUUUAAAGCUGAUGGAGUUCUCAGAACCUGGGAUCUCCAAUUACUCCACGCUGUUGCUUGAUGAGGCAAGGGAUGCUCUGUACGUGGGAGCCCGGGAGGCUAUCUUUGAGCUGAGCAAGAAGAACGUGACUGUUCGAAACCACAAGGUUCAGUGGACGGUUGCGGAAAUCCCUAUGACGAUGUGUAUUCUUAAAGGAAAAUCAAAAGAGAAAGAUUGUUUAAACUAUAUUCGAGUGCUUCAAGUUGUAGAUGAAGAGCGGCUGUAUGUCUGCGGAACGCAUGCCUUUCAACCUCAGUGUGACUAUUUGUACCUUUCUGACUUUUCGUUGGUGGGACGCCCUGAAGACGGUCGAGGAAAAUGCUCCUUUGACCCCUCGCAAAGCUUUACGACUGUCAUGGUUGAUGGGGAGCUGUACUCUGGUACAGCUUAUAACUUCUUGGGGAGUGAACCGAUAAUUUCCAGAUACUCUCCAUCUCGGUCUCUGCUGAGGACAGAAUACUCCACCUCAUGGCUCAAUGAACCAAGUUUUGUUUUUGCCGAUGUGAUCAGAGAGGGGAGAAAUAAAGCAGAUGGAGAAGAUGACAAAAUAUACUACUUUUUCACGGAAGUGUCAGUGGAGUACGAGUUCUUUGGCAAGCUGCUCAUCCCCAGGGUGGCACGAGUCUGUAAGGGCGACCUCGGGGGGCAGCGGACUCUGCAGAAGAAAUGGACGUCUUUCCUGAAAGCCAAGCUGGUGUGCUCCAUGCCUGAGCUCAACUUUGUUUUCAACGUAGUGCAUGAUGUCUUCAUUCUGAAGGCAGCCGACUGGAGAGAAACAGUCAUCUAUGGCGUUUUUACAUCCCAGUGGGGGGAAUGUGGGUUGUCAGCAGUAUGUGCUUACAACAUGACAGCUGUGGAAGAUGUCUUUUCUAAGGGCAAGUACAUGCAGAAGGUCACAGUGGAGCAGUCCCACACCAAGUGGGUCCGCUACAACGGGAUCCCGCCUUCUCCACGCCCUGGAGCCUGUGUGAACAACCUCAUGCGGCAGAACAACAUUAGCAGUUCCCUCCACCUGCCAGACAAGACACUCCAGUUUGUUAAGGACCAUCCUCUGCUGGAAGAUUCCGUCCUGCCCAUCGGCAACAGGCCUCGUCUCAUCACCAAAGAUGUCAGUUACACUCAGAUUGUUGUGGAGAAGGUCCGGGCUCUGGACAGGAAUAUCUAUGAUGUCAUCUUCAUGGGAACAGAUAAAGGAGUUCUACAUAAGUCAGUGGUUUUUGCUGAAGAAGUCUACACUGUGGAGGAGAUCCAACUCCUCAAGACCUCUGAGCCAAUCAAGAAUCUACUCCUCUCAUCUCAGACCCGAUCCCUGUAUGCUGGUUCAGACUCCGGGGUAGUCCAGUCACCCACCUCCUCCUGUGAAAAAUAUAUGUCCUGUGAGGACUGUAUCCUGGCACGAGACCCCUACUGUGCCUGGGACCCCCGCACUACUGCCUGUGUCAGUAUCUUCGAUACUCCAAGACAAAAACAUGGGAGACUGAUCCAGAGCCUGAAUGGUGAUGCAGACAAGUGUCCUUCAGAGUCAGGUCCAUCUCUGAAGGACUACCAGCACGUUGGAGUAAAACUGGGGAGCUCUGCUGAGCUGCCAUGCCUGGUACAGUCCAACCUAGCCCAGGUGAUUUGGAAGUCCAACGGUUCAGUGCUCACUGAGGCUUCUCGCUUCCACCUGAUAGGCGAAAAUGGUCUCCUUAUUUACAGCGUGGCACCAGAGGAUCAAGGACUGUAUGAGUGCUGGACGGUGGAAUGGGCUCCUGCUGCUGGGAAGAACUUCACCCGUCUCCUGGCUGGGUACUCACUGGCUCUGUACCUCCCACCCAGGCCCCGGCAGCAUGUGGACUUCGCAACUACUACCCUUGGCUCUAGUCUGAAUGAUCAGGAGAAUUCUGGUACACAUAAAGAUGAAGGUAAUGGUAACACAGAUAGAGCCCCACUAAUUUCAGUCAUCACCCCCGCCACCAUCACUUCACCACCCCAAACUGACUCCUCACUAACUACGGUCCCAAGCACCACAAUCAAAAUCAAGCCCAAACUGCGCCUUAUCCCAAGCAAUACCACUCCCCGCCCAGAGAGCCGCGACCCAUCCACUGAAUACUUGCAGCACAACAACAGCGUUGCCCUUCUUUUUCUUUUCCUGCUGUUCUUCCUUCUUUUCAUGACCGCGGUAGUGUACAACUGCUACAUGCAAUACCUUCCAGCUCCCUGCCUGAGGCUACGAGCCACCCUGUUGGGGGAGUCACAAGAGCCCUCUCUGGAAUACAGGGCCUGCGAAGCAGAUAUGAUGGAUACCACCCGCGACGGACAAACUGGACCUGAAGGAGCUACCCUACCCAAAAACGGACGUCAGGUGACGCAAAUCAGACCCAUGCGUUCCGUGACACUGGGUACUGAGACUGAUACGGAGUGCGGCAAUGGUAGGAUACCUUCUCACAGCUUUGUGGAUGACAGCCUAAACCAGGAGAAGCCCUUCGAUGUGGAUUGCACAUCUCAGCCCAUCCAGUUUGCAGAUGCAGAUGAUUGCUAGCUUUUGUGCCAGAAUAUGUUUUCAGAAACUAUGCAUGAUCAUGCUGGUGCUGCGCCUGCCCCCCGGUGUUCUGCACGUAAAAAGGAUGUCUUGUGACACUGUAGUUGUUACAAGGCUCAUGUCAGAGUGUUAUUUCCUGCUGUUGUGAUUCAGAGCCUUUGAUGAUCAAACUGAAGCUGUCAAGCUGUGCACUCUCAGCUUAGCCCAGCAAGAAAAGCUAUUUCUUAAAUUCCAAAUUGGAAACAUUGUUUACCAAAUUGGUAAGUUAUAGUGAUGUUUUCCAAAUUGGAAUAGUGCUGCUUUUUUGUUUGUUUUUGCAUAAAUUUGUUGAAAAUGAAUCUCUUAAAGGGGUCAUGUAGUAUACCUUUACAUCAAGCAAAUGCAUGUCACUAUGUGUUUAUAAAAAAAAAAAAAAAAAGCUAAAAUUUAUAGCCAAAAUUCCACAUAGACACUGAGGUCAAGAAUGUUUUUGGGGGAGUUUGGGGGGAGCGUUUUCAGAUCUCUAUUAAAUACUUCUGUGCUGGGCAUGUGAGGUGUGGCACAGAGCUACACCAGCUCAAUGGGCAUGUCCCAGGAAGAGUCGGGAUACGUACUUAAGUUACAAACGUCGCAAAAUCUAAAUGACCUGUUUGAGAACAAAAUUUGCUCAUUGUUAUCGUCACACCAUUAUUGUAUUUUUGGUACUUUAAAAUGUUUUUUACUUCUGUGGCUGCUGCAUAGUGGCACAGUCUGAAAACUGUUGCGUGACUUUAUAUUUAAAUUAGCAUGUUAUCUCUCCCUGGAGGAUCAUAUGAUGUAAGAUAGACCUUGGCUUCUUAUGUGCUGAAAUUUCUCAGCAUUUCUCAUUAUUUGAAGUAACCACAUGAGCUUUAACGCCUGCUUUGAUAUUUGUUUUGGCUCAUGCCACCACGGCAGUAAAUUGAUCCAGUCUGCUUCUUCCUUCGUGCAUCAGAUAAACACAUCGUUUAAAGUUGGCGGCGAGGCACAUACCUAGUGAGAACGCCCACUGCCUCAUUUGAAAGCAGGAACUCUCUUCUCUGGGUUAGCCAGAGGUGAAGAUAUGCAGCAUCACAGAAGUAAAAACCAGCCUUAUGGGAUAAUUCAUUUAUUUACAAACAUAGUCAUGUGUAAACAUUGUUAGAGCUCUACAUAGUCAUAGUCAAACCUUUGACUGUGUCUUUGUUUGCCAGAAAUCCUUUCUUUGAAAAAUGAUUUUACAAAGUUCGUCUGACAGUGAGCAGAGCAGCCGUCCCUGGAAUUAACAAUCCACCGUACGCUCAAAAUAGCAGUGGAACAAUCUGAGUUACUUUUAAGAAUGUCCAUAUAGUAAUGGUACAAAUGUAGUAGUUAAUUACCAUCAGUUUCUUUAUAGCAGAUGUGUUAUCGAUCUAGGUAUCUAACACUGUUUCAGCACGACUAAGGUAGUAAAAAGUAAACCUCAACCACAUGUAACUGUGCAAAAUGUAGAUUAAAAACUGGUUUUGCACAUUGUGACUCCUUCAAAGCUUUUGCAUAUUUUUUCCCAGCUUUUAAAAAAAAAAAAGUGAGGUUCGAGUGAAUGCAUCGUUAUCUUUACAGUUAUAUCUCAGGGAAGAGUCGAUCCACGUCUUAUGAAUAAAAAUGCCUAAUUUGCCGUGCGCUGUUUCCAUUUCCUGCACACAGUGUGUGGGUUUGCAUGUCACACAGUGAGGUGGCAUGCAGGGUUGAAAGAAUAGAAUACAGACAGGAACAUGACACGUGUGUGACGGAAAAUUACUGGAAAAAUCCAGACUGGUGUCUGGUGUACAUUUGUCGUGAGCUGCAAUGUUGUUUUUCCCGCCUUGUGAAGUUUGCAUUCCUAAUAAUUUUAUUGUCUUAUGUGUUAACCUCUACUACUCAACUUGUUGGAUUUUGGCCAAUAUCUGAACAUAUAUGCAGUAUGACAUUUAUCUGUACAAAUAUAAGACCCUCGGUUAAAAAUAAAUAAAUUCAGUGAUUAAAGUUUUCCAGAAUCUGAUUUCCAGGUUUGCUAUUUAUCUCUGAUUUCGCUGUUAACACUUUGCGUUGAACGAAGGAUGAGCUAACCACUGUUGGCAUAUGCUCUCUUUAAUCAUAGUUAAUGCUGCUCUUGUCAUCCACGAUUAGUCUUGUCACAGUUACUGUUAGCGUGGCGCUGAUUAGCGUUUUCUUUGAUGCAGUUUGUAGUUAGUCGGGAAGCGCCACAGCAUGUCAGUGCACCAAAAUCCGGCAUUUAAUAGCAGUUGCUUAAGGCUUCCCGCAAAAGUUUGAUCGCUGAUUAAGUUUGCAGAGAAAUGGUGCACACAUUGUGGAAUUCUUUGCCAGUUAAGUUCUGAUAGUUGUCAUUUUAUUACUUUUUAAAAGUCUCAGCCCUUAGUUUUCCUUUUGCGUGUCAUCCCUUAUUUAGAUUUCCUGUUUUCCUCUUUCUUUCCGUCACUCCCUCCCUCACAGCCUACUCUCCUGUCGAUACUUCAUGUUCUGCCUUCCCUUCCUUCACAUCCUCCUCCUCCUCCUCUUCUUCCUCUUCCUCCUCCGCUCACUCCCACGGUGCGGAGGCUGAGGUGAGACUGUUGCCCCCCCUGCUGAAGGACCAGGCCUGGGGGGUUCACGCCCAGGAGGCCUUCUUACUCUUCUGCCUGGCUUUUGGUGAGUCAUGUUUGUGACACUGACUCACCUCUCAACCAAACUGCAUUUCUCCUCCCUCAGGAGUUCUUAACCCCCCCCCCCCCCCCCCCAUCCACCGUUUUACGUUUGUGUUGCAUGUCAGCAUUUUUCCCGCUUACGCUAACCUGGAGGCUGUGUGUGGAUUUGUCUGACUAGCGGAUAUCAAUUCAUCAAGGGGCCAAAUGGUGCGACUGGAUUUUCAAAAAAGGAAAACUGGCCUUCUUUAUUAAAUUAUUAGUUUGUAGGUGAGGUGUUUUCCUUCUACUUAAGGAGUGAUGCACAUUAACGUCUAACUGCCGUCUGACCUGAAUCAGUUCUUAAAGUGGAUCUUUCGCAAGUGUGACAAAUUGAUGUCUCUCAGAAUUAUUAUUUUAAGCUCACUGUGUUGUAUCUGGUAUUUCAUCUGGAUCUGUUUUUUGUGCCUGUAAACUAGUGUAAAUGUACUUGUAUAUAUGGAAAAAAAAUACUUUUGAAGGUGUACAUACGUCUAGUUGGAUUCUGGCGUUCAAGCUGUUGGUAGAGAGGUUAAAUAAAUCUUCACUUUUUCAA